GGAAACACUUUUACGUCAACACGUGUGCAGGCUUGUAUGCACCUUCAGUCCAGCUCCAGUCGGGACGUGAACUUGUGCAUGUCCGCAGCCUGGACGCAGAAACCCAAAGGGGAGUUUCUCCGGAUCUGCUUCGUGUGCACAUGUCCUCACAAACCCGGAUCUGAACCACCGAGGACACCGAGGAGCAGGAGAAGUAUGAGGAGGAGGGCUGAGCUUCUCCUUCAAGAUCACACCCUGAGGAAACUGUGCACAACACGGACAAACACACGGGAUCAGUGAUCUGAGGAACCAUGCUUCUCAGUCGGAUCCAGCCCGGACCCUGCAGAACCUGGCUGUCCCUGGUUUCAUUGAGGCAGGAGGUUUGUUUCUCCUCCUCCGUGCCCCCCCAGCCGGUGCCCCCCCAGCCGGUGCCCCCUCUGGCCCACACCUUGCAGGGGUACCUGAGGGCCCUGGAGCCCCUGCUGCCCCCCGAGGAGAUCAGCCACACCCGCAAGAUGGUGCAGGAGUUCGGCCGGCCGGGCGGCCUGGGCGCUCAGCUGCAGGACGGCCUGGAGAAGAGAGCGAGACACAACAAGAACUGGAUCUCAGACUGGUGGGUGCAGGGGGCGUACCUGGAGAGCAGACAGCCUCUACCUGUGCACUCAAGCCCGGCCAUCUCUCUGCCCAGGAGAGAUUAUAACGACUGGAGGAGCCAGCUAGUGUUUGCAUCCAAACUUAUAGCAGCAGUUCUGGACUUCAAGGCCAAAAUCAAAACCGGUCAGCUCCCGGUGGAGUACAUGCGAGGGAAGCCUCUGUGCAUGGAGCUCUACCCGCUACUCUUCUCCUCCUGCAGGAUCCCUGGUCCCAAACACGACCACAUCGCCUACCACGGCCGCUCGCGCCGCCUCCCGACGCACAUCACGGUCGUCAGGAACUACCAGUUCUUCCAGCUGGAGGUUUACAACAGUGACGGCUCUCGUCUGACGGAGAGUCAGAUCCACGGCCAGCUGCUGAGGAUCCGGUCUCAGUCCUGGAAGACGGACAAGGAGCCGAUGGGCAUCCUGACCAGCGAGCACCGCCACACCUGGGGACAGGCGUACAACCGCCUGCUGAGAGAUAAACUGAACAAGGAGUCAGUGCAGAUGAUAGAGACGGGAAUUUUCUCUCUGUGUCUGGACUCUCCGGUGAUGAGGAUAUCAGAUGAGAAGUACGCCAGCCGCAAAGCAGCCCAGAUCCUGCACGGAGGCGGGACUUUCUCCAACAGUGGAAACCGCUGGUUCGACAAAACGCUGCAGUUUGUUGUGGGCGAGGAUGGAUCGUGGGGUCUUCUGUACGAACAGGCCACAGCUGAGGGUCCGCCCAUCGCCACGCUGCUGGAUCACAUCCAGCAGUACUGUGAGAAACCUGACCCGAAGAGGGCGCCGCUGGUCCCUCUGCCGAUGCCCAAAAAGCUUUACUUUCACAUCGACAGAGAAAUCAAGAGGGACAUCGAGCACGCCAAGCAGAACCUCGACAUAUUGAUCAACGACCUCGACGUCAACGUGUUCAACUUCAAGAGGUUCGGGAAGGAGCUUCCCAAGAAACACAACAUGAGUCCGAACUCCUUCAUCCAAGUCGCCCUGCAGCUCGCCUACUACAGAGUUCACAAUGAGGUCUGUCCGGCCUGUGACAUCGCAUCUCAGCGGAUGUUUCGAGGAGGAAGGACGGAAUUUAUUCGCUCGCCAACAAACCAGACGCUGAGGUUCCUACUGGCCUUCACCGAUCCAACUGUGUCGCGGGAAGCCAAACUAGAACUGUUCAGAGAAGCUGUUGACGCCUACACAGCACUGACUAAUCUGACACUUAACGGACUCGGCAUCGACCGACACCUGCUGGGGCUCAAGCUGCAGUCUAUCGAGAGAGGAAUGACCAUCCCCAAGAUCUUCAUGGACACGGCGUACGGGCUGGCGACGCACUGGAAGCUGCGAACAGGGCAGGUGCCUGCGAACACUGACAGCGUGAUGUGCUUCGGGCCCCUGGUUCCCGACGGUUACGCCAUUUGUUACAACCCCCAGGCGGACCACGUCCACUUCUCCAUCACCGCCUUCAACUGCUGCGAGGAGACGCACGCUGAGACCUUAGCGCUCACGCUGAAGGACACGUUGGGUCAGCUACAGGAGCUGCUGCAGCCUACUGUGUAGAGCUGCUCCAUCCGCCCAACAGAUCCACCAGGAUCAACCCACUUGUGUAAACCUGAAAAAAAAAAUUCAAUUCUCGAUGAGGCUUGCUCUUGACAUGGAUGCUUUGUCAUGAAAUCCACUGAAAUCAGACUCUUAUCUGCUUUUGAUGCUUUUUUACAGCUUUUGAAACGGUAGAUAUUUUUAUAGCUGCAUUAUAUUUGCUGCAAUGCAUGCAAAUGUCUUGUAUUUCGUAAUUCUGCAUGAAUCCAAAGCAAAAGUAAAGCUAACCUGACACUCCAGCAUUAAUCAGAUCAAGCCAAAGUGUUUUUCAAACUCCUUUUCCCAAGUCAUGUAAUGACCAGUAUCUUUCUGUACAGAGACUAAAUGUGCUGCACUACCGUCACUGAUGGUUAAAUGUUAAUAAUCCCUCUGAUUUUGUUGGAUCAAAGAUUUCGCUUGAAAAGGACCAAAAGUCAGGAAGCAGGUUGUUGUUGGUGACGGUUCAAAUAAACUGUAUUAACUGUAUGUUGUAUGUGAAGAGGACUGGUUAAUAAAGCCUUUUAUCACAUGAA